CCCGUCGGGGCACAGCCCCUACUCAUGGUGCCCAGACGUCCUGGCUAUGGCACCAUGGGCAAACCCAUUAAACUGCUGGCCAACUGCUUCCAAGUUGAAAUCCCAAAGAUUGAUGUCUACCUCUAUGAGGUGGAUAUCAAACCAGAUAAGUGUCCUCGGAGGGUGAACAGGGAGGUGGUGGACUCAAUGGUGCAGCAUUUUAAAGUGACAAUAUUUGGGGACCGUAGACCAGUUUAUGAUGGGAAAAGAAGCCUCUAUACAGCCAAUCCGCUUCCUGUGGCCACUACUGGGGUGGAUUUGGAUGUGACAUUACCGGGAGAAGGUGGAAAAGAUCGUCCCUUCAAAGUGUCAAUAAAGUUUGUUUCUCGGGUGAGCUGGCACUUGCUGCAUGAAGUUUUGACAGGAAGAACCUUGCCUGAGCCUCUGGAACUAGACAAACCUAUCAGCACUAACCCUGUUCAUGCUGUCGAUGUGGUGCUACGACACCUACCCUCCAUGAAGUAUACCCCUGUGGGCCGCUCCUUUUUCUCAGCUCCGGAAGGCUAUGAUCACCCCUUGGGUGGGGGUAGGGAGGUCUGGUUUGGAUUCCAUCAGUCUGUUCGGCCUGCCAUGUGGAAGAUGAUGCUCAAUAUUGAUGUUUCUGCCACUGCCUUCUAUAAAGCACAACCUGUAAUUCAGUUUAUGUGUGAAGUUCUUGACAUUCAUAAUAUCGAUGAACAACCAAGACCUCUGACUGAUUCUCAUCGGGUAAAAUUCACCAAAGAGAUAAAGGGUCUAAAGGUAGAAGUGACUCACUGUGGAACGAUGAGAAGGAAAUACCGCGUUUGUAACGUAACAAGAAGGCCUGCAAGUCAUCAAACCUUUCCUUUACAGUUAGAAAAUGGCCAGACUGUGGAGAGAACAGUAGCACAGUAUUUCAGAGAGAAAUACAACCUCCAGCUGAAAUACCCUCAUCUUCCUUGCCUACAAGUGGGACAAGAACAGAAACACACCUACCUGCCUUUAGAAGUAUGUAACAUUGUAGCUGGCCAGCGGUGUAUCAAGAAGCUAACGGACAAUCAGACAUCGACUAUGAUAAAGGCCACAGCAAGAUCUGCUCCAGAUAGACAAGAGGAAAUAAGCAGAUUGGUGAGAAGUGCAAAUUAUGAUGCAGAUCCGUUUGUUCAAGAGUUCCAGUUCAAGGUCCGUGAUGAGAUGGCCCAUGUGACAGGGCGCGUGCUCCCAGCUCCAAUGUUGCAGUAUGGAGGACGGAAUCGAACAGUGGCAACCCCAAGCCACGGAGUAUGGGACAUGCGAGGGAAGCAGUUUCACACUGGUGUUGAGAUCAAAAUGUGGGCUAUAGCUUGCUUUGCAACACAAAGACAAUGCAGAGAAGAAAUACUGAAGGGUUUCACAGACCAGCUGCGCAAGAUCUCCAAAGAUGCAGGGAUGCCCAUCCAAGGCCAGCCCUGUUUCUGUAAAUAUGCCCAGGGUGCAGACAGUGUGGAGCCCAUGUUUCGACACCUCAAGAACACCUAUUCAGGGCUUCAGCUCAUCAUUGUCAUCCUGCCAGGGAAAACACCGGUGUAUGCGGAGGUGAAGCGUGUGGGAGAUACACUGUUGGGAAUGGCCACACAGUGUGUUCAAGUCAAGAAUGUCAUUAAAACAUCUCCACAGACCCUAUCAAAUCUGUGCCUGAAGAUUAAUGUUAAACUAGGAGGAAUCAACAACAUCCUUGUACCUCAUCAACGACCUUCUGUGUUCCAGCAGCCAGUGAUCUUUUUGGGAGCUGAUGUCACUCACCCUCCUGCUGGAGAUGGAAAGAAGCCUUCAAUAGCUGCUGUUGUAGGUAGUAUGGAUGCUCAUCCAAGCCGGUACUGUGCCACGGUGAGAGUUCAGCGACCCCGGCAGGAAAUCAUCCAAGAUCUAGCCUCCAUGGUGAGAGAGCUUCUCAUCCAGUUCUACAAGUCAACACGGUUCAAGCCCACACGUAUCAUAUUCUAUAGGGACGGGGUCUCUGAAGGACAGUUUCGACAGGUUUUGUAUUACGAACUGCUAGCCAUUAGAGAAGCCUGCAUCAGUUUGGAGAAAGAUUACCAGCCUGGAAUAACCUAUAUUGUGGUGCAGAAGCGACAUCAUACACGAUUGUUCUGUGCUGACAGAACAGAAAGGGUUGGACGAAGUGGCAAUAUUCCAGCUGGAACAACUGUGGAUACGGACAUUACACAUCCAUAUGAGUUUGAUUUUUACCUCUGUAGCCAUGCUGGAAUACAGGGUACCAGCCGUCCCUCACACUAUCAUGUUUUGUGGGAUGAUAACUGUUUUACUGCAGAUGAACUUCAGCUGCUGACUUACCAGCUCUGCCACACAUAUGUGCGCUGUACACGAUCGGUUUCUAUACCUGCACCAGCGUAUUAUGCUCAUCUGGUAGCAUUCAGAGCACGAUACCAUCUCGUGGACAAAGAACAUGACAGUGCUGAAGGAAGCCAUGUUUCAGGACAAAGCAAUGGGAGAGAUCCACAGGCCCUCGCGAAGGCUGUACAAAUUCACCAAGACACCUUACGCACGAUGUACUUCGCUUAAGUCAAUAAAAUGGGAGCAUACUCACUGAAAGGAAGAACUGAAAAAUUAAGCCACAUACAAUGUAUGUUUUCAGUGGGGUUGGUUUAUGGGGUGUGCCUCCGAUCAUGCUGAAGUUGACACUGUGCAGGGGCGAGAGGCUAACCCUUAAAUUGACACAAGGAAGAUUGUUUACUUCAUCGAGGAACACAGCACUAUUAUGCAAUACGAAACCAGCCAACCGCUUUUUUGGCGCAGAAGCACCGCCAUCUUUUUUUUUUUUAGUUUCUCGUAGUUUAACCCUCUUAUGCCUUUACCUCAAGUUGCUCGGCAGCACAACUAUCUUUGCAAAAAAAAAAAAGUUAAAAAAUUGAUGGUGUAAUUUCAAAAAAAAAAAAAGCAAACCACCUUUAUAGGAACAAUCACAAUGAUUGUUUGGGGAGGGAAGUGUGCAAAAAAAAAAAAUUAAUUUAAGUUUUUUACCCCACUGCAUUGAGGAAUCUUUCUCUCAAUAUUGCCAUCAAGCAUUCGAAUGUGAACAUAUCCAAGUACAUUUGAAUGUACAGCACUAGCUAGAAAAAAUUGAGGAAGGGGAAGAAGUUUUGCACACUAAUCCAAUAAUUUGAACAUAAUUUAGCCAACUGCUGCCUUUGUGUCUUUCUUCACAGCUUUGGAGUUUUCAGCUCCAAUAGUUCCCUUUUAAAAAGCAAAGAAGCUAGUGGUAUUACGUGCAGGCAGUAGUGAUCCAAACUCUUCUUGCUCCCUGGUGAAUUUACUAAAGCUGCUGUUUUACCUAGUCCAAAAGUUUCAAUUAUUUUCUAUCUGGCAAGUCAAAUAUGUUGAAGCUUCACAUGAGAUCAGAUGUCCCAAGUUUUAUGGGAUUACAUAUAGUAAACACCAGAACUGAAACUUUAGAGCUAAGGUCUUUUUGGAAAAAAGAAAAAUGCUAGUUUACUUGCUGCCUCUCACACCUUAAUGUGAUUUCAUAUGUAUGUGUUUUUGAAGUUUAGCUUCCUUUUGUUUCUUUUAUAUUUAUUAGAGUAAUAAUAAUGCUUUAAUUUAAUUAUUACAGAACAUAUGGUCAACAUCAACUUUUAUUUUUUAGAAAUGUAACCAUGUUUAUUUUUUAAAAACUGACAACUUGUUUUGCUAUCUUUUAGUGCAAUAAGCGUUCUAAAGAAAAACUGUGUCCAUUGAGCUGUACUAAAGCAGUGUUUGUACCACUAACUGUGGAAGAAUGGACACCUCCAUGAUUUUAAAAGGACAAAGUAAAAGCCUUAAUUUUGAAAGGAAAGUUUUAUAGUCAGAAGGAAUCUUGAAUUUUCCUUUUUUAAAUCAAAAAAUAGCAAAAAUGCUUCUAGAAUUCUGCAAGCUUUACUUGUCACUGCAGUGUUUUGAUUUAACAAAGGAAUUGGCCGUAUUUUUGGCUUCGAAAUGUGGAGGAUAUUUGAAUUAAAUGGAAGGGGUUUUUUAUUAAGAUCUAAGUUUUUACAUGCUUAGUUAAAUCUAUUUGACAUCAGUAAAAUGUCUGGAAUUA